AUCGAUAUCAGUUCCAUGCGGAUACUGGGGCGGUCAGGUCGGAGAAUGGAUGAGAACUAAUGUGAUCGAUGUGGUCAAAGCGUACAAGCUAUUCUGUAUCGGACAAGGAGUGAUUGGAAAUAAAGACGACAAGGAGGAAGGUGUUGAAGGUGAGGAAAGUGUUGAAAGAGAAAAGGUGGGGCAGAAUGAAAAGGACGAGUGGGAUACGGAUAUGGAAAAAGCUUUAGAGGAGUGUGAAGAGUAUAAAUCUUAUAAUGAUAUUUUGAUCAUAGUGGGUCGGAAACCAAGAGAGGAUGAACUGGUGGACACAUUGAAAAACUUUAAAGUGGAUGAUUUUGAGUUAAAAAAGUUGAAAGUAGAGGAGCUUGAAGUGGGACACUCGGACGGUAAGAAUGAGGAUGCAGGGAAAGGGGAGUCAGCCGAAGAAUUAGAAAUUAGCGAUGAAGAUUUAAAAGAUAAAGAAGUGUCAUAG